CUACCGUAUGACCACGUACCCUUCGUUUCAAUCAAGAUCCUUCACUUAGACUACUUGCAGUACCACAAAGAGCGUGCCGCAUGGUUGAAUUGUUUAUCAUCGCGAUCAUCUAUCAUGAUUGAAGGCCGUCGUUAGCAGAAACAAAUGCUCACAAAAUUAGAUUUCUGGUGAAGAUCAUUCCAAAAAACUGAACCAAGUGAAAACAGAAAACAAACAAACGAAACCAUGCUACUCAACACUCGUCUCUUUGGUGUUGCGGCUACAAUCGUUUUGCAUGCUGCCUUCACCGUCCAAUCUUUCAUUGUCCAGCCGGCCAUUAACCAAAAUGGAAGGACCCGCACCACUAGCAGUGGGUCUGUCAGUUUUCGGAGCGAGGGGAAAAUGGUUCACUCUGCUUUCCCCUCUUCCUCAUCGGCAUUGAAGGCGACCCCCAAUGGCAAUGAGGUUGAUGCCGAGUUCUUGGGCUUGGGCUUGGGAGGUGCCGGUAUGAUGAACAUGUUGUGGAGUCUGGCCAUGGGUAAAAAGUGUGUUGGUGUGGAAAUGCGUGGCGACCCCUUUCUUCUGAUUCAUUGGAAUAUCCGUGCUGAUUUCUACCACCAGCUUGGUAUGAUUGAUGAACAAAUGCUCAAGCGGUAUGGCAAAGAGGGUGUCCCUCGACGCGCCAAUGGCAAGUUGUUUAAAUUGGCAGAAUGCUUUCAUUCCCCCAAGACUUGCGCUGGGUAUGUCGUCGCUGAUGAAGUCAUUGAUGGACAUGAUAAGAUUCAUCAUAUCGCUGGUACCAUCCUGCAUUAUGAGUUUAUCGAUGACAGAUACCGAAAUGGCAAGCCUCAUCGUUCCGUGUCUGUCUUGAAGCCACCAAAGAUUCCCAAGAAACCAGACCCCAAAGCCAUCCAAAGUACAGUCCGUGAGGUUUUGGAAGGUCCCUCCGUGUUCCAAACUGAAGCAAACAACGUGUUGAUUUUGUUGCGUCGGUACCUGGAAGCCGUUGAGGAAAUGGACAUGGAACGCGGUUUGGAGGUGCCUCGUGUCAGACUAUUCAAACGUCAUCGCGUGAAACAAGAGGAUGGGUUUGCCAAGGACGAGUCAGGACGUGUCACGAAAGUCGAGAUUGAGGAAGUCGAAGAGCUUGAUUACAAAGGGAAGCUUAUCCGUGUUCCAACUCCUGGUGGCGACGUUACGAUCAAGGGGCCAGAGUUGUGUGUGAUUGCUCAAGGUGUCAACUCGUGCGAUGCGGCACAACUUGGAUUUACAAAGCGCGACGUGGUGGUUGACCACAAUGAUGGACAUGGUCCAACGGUUGCCCAGGCGGACUAUCUCGCUGGAUUCAUUGAUGUAUUGGUGGAUGGACGAAUCCGUCGAAGAAUUGCUUCGACAUUUGAUAAGAAUGGGAAAGAAUACUGGACCCGCCAAAUUGCAGUAGGCCACGAAAAUGAUCCUCAAGUUGGUUGGAUCUUGGUCCAAGUGCCAGACUACAUGACAUUUUGUCCCAUCGAAGCUGGCACCGUCGACAAGUCGGUAAAGCACGAUUCCCCCGAGUACUUUGCAGCAUCACAGAAGCUUGUCUACGACUUUUACAUUCAGGAAACGGCCAAGAUCUUGGAAGUGCCUGAAGAGCAGUUGAAGGGUUGCCGCAUGGCCUACGGACCCAAAAUCUUUUCCUUGGUGGAACGAAUGGGCGACGAUCCACGCAUCGCUCAGAACGUUAUUGUUGCCGGUGAUUCCUUUGGAAACGGCCAUUUCUUGACUAGUGGUGGCGCCAUGACGGGUAUGGUAGGACAUAGCAUGUCCGUCAUGAAAUUUUGGAAAUCCAAGGACGAAGAAGGUGUGGACUUGGAGGAUGCCUUUACUCGUCUCUCUAAGGACGUCAAGCAAGGGACACAAGACUGGUUGGACCUCAGUGCCAAGGAAUUUUCAUCUUCCACCCCCGUGAAUUUCGGCAUCGAGCGGAUCAACCAGGUGUUUGAACAUAGCCAUGUUGUUGACAGUGAACGUGCCGAGUCCAUAGAUGCUUCCCGUCGAAUGCGUCAUGAGUUAGCGGUCCAGGAUCCAACCGAUUGGCGCAGACCAUUCUUCAGAAAUGGCAAGGUCUUGACGGCGGAGCUAACUACACCACAAGAGGACAACAAACCACGAGAGGGCAACUCACCACAACGCAGGAAGUCAGUGAAAAGGUGGCUGAAACGAAUGCUGGCAUGAUUAAUGAAAGACGAGCGUAGAAACGCAGGAGCCGACUCACACAACAAUUAGGGCAAGCAAACACAGCACAUCACCACGACAAGAAAGCAUUACAAAACGUGCCAAUGCCAGGGGGAAACAACCAGAACAGCUAAUAGAACCACUUCGGCAUCAACAUCCACGUAUGAUUCUCAGGACGGAUACGAGGUUUCCCUUUGCUGGGUUCUUCGCUUCGUCUUGUGUGUAUUUUUAUAGCAUAACACUAUUAGUAGAAUGAUCACUUACAGCAUG